UCUGGCGCGAAAUAGCUGCCAGUGGGCUUGAGGGGUGCGGUUGGAAGUCGGUGCAGUGGUCGAGCCGGCCGUUGUAACUAGACACCCACUUUGUUUUCUUACUACUUUUAUUGGUGGGAGUUAAGCGGCUUAAAACAAAGACCGCCGGAGUGCAGCGUUUUGUUGCCCCGCGAGCUUUUUUCCCCCUGGAGUUGACCGAUUGUUCUCAAGCCGGACACGGCACGUCUUUGUCUUUCGCCUUUCCUAGGAUUUAUUCAGAUUGCCUAGGUCGUCCAUCAAAUGAACUGAUUGCGAAACUUCUGCUCGGAUGGCUGGAAUAAACCCUGUUGCGGCGUUGCAGGCGAACUGGGCUAUGGAGCAUGAUCAGUAUCAACACUACUUUUACGACGAGAUGGACACAGAGGAGGACUACUUUAAAUCCACAGCGCCGAGCGAAGAUAUCUGGAAGAAAUUUGAGUUACUACCCACCCCGCCCAUGUCACCCUCGAGGACAUUCGAUAGUGAUACUUUAUUCCCGUUACCGGCAGACCGGUUGGGGUGGGAACCGCCAAAGGUCGUAACGCUCGAGGAGGAUUAUGGUGGACCGUACAAAAUCGAUCCGCUGGACAUUUUCGGAAAUCUCAGCUCUAUUGUUAUAAAAGACUGCAUGUGGAGCGGCUUUUCCGCGAGUCAUCAGUUGGAAAAAGUUGGCUACAGCGAGAGACCACCGGUCACGUCUCAAAUCAAACCCCCUACCGCCUCGCACACCGGUGUGAACACAGCACGAGUUCAGCGCGCCGCGCCGGGCACGCCCUUGACCAACACCCAGGCGACACGAUGUGUGAAUCCCACGGCAGUUCUCAGUCUCCCAGUUCUCCACGCUAAAAAACCGACCACGGCUUCCUCUGGCUCAGAGUCGCGUUCUGACUCCUCUGAUGAGGACGAGGUGGACGUGGUGACCGUGGACGACCGUCCGCGGCGGGGUCGCCCCCCGGGCCGCCGCAGCCCUGUCACCAUUGCUGUGAGUGCCGACCCUCAUGGUCCAUGUCCCAAACACUUCCACGUCUCCCUGCACCGGCAGCAGCACAACUACGCCGCUCCCUCGCCCGAUUCAGAUGGCGAGGAUGGGUCGUCCCAGCCGCCCGGCAAGCGUCUCCGCCCAGGCCCCGGGGUGUCUCCGUCUCCGUCCUUGUCGCCACUCUCCUCGCCGGCCACCUCAGACUCGGAGGACUCGGCCGAGCAGAGGCGCAACUUCCUGGAGCGCAAGAGGCGGGAUGACCUGCGCUCGCGCUUCCAGGCUCUGCGCAGCGAGAUCCCGGGCCUCUCUGGUUCGACGAAGACUUCAAAAGUGGCCAUCUUGACCAGCGCCACAGAGUACCUACUGCAGCUGCGUGCCCGCGAACGGCGGCAGGCGCAUGAGAGAAAGAACCUUCGAGCCAGGCGGCACCAGCUGCUUCGCAAGAUCAGUGCCCUCAAGAACCCCUGAGCUGCUUUUGGACUGGAUCCAGCACACUGAGUCGGAGCGAAUUUGCCAGGGAAGUGUGGUGGGAUUGCACUGACUGCAGCAUGACCCAUGGAUACAGACAUGGGGGAGGGGGGGGGGG